ACAUCAAAUUGUUGCUGCAAAAUAAUAUUUAUUGAUCACAAUACAAAUACAGAUACAUGACUCUGCAGAGAUCUCCUGAUAUCUGAGAUCUGAGUUGGAUGCCAUUCACAACUCCAGGUCUCUGUAGAGAUCUCCUCAUAUCCGAGAUCUGAGUUGGAUGUCGCUCACAAUUCCAGGCAACUUUAUUUAUAGUUACAGUAACAGUUUAAACUUACAGUUGGUGCACAAGGCGGUGAAGAUAAGCGGUGCAGAAAAUGUUAAGUAUAAGAAUGACAGUUAGUAAACAAGGCAGUGCUGAUUGUCGGUCUUCAGCAAGCAGUUGAGAUUGCCGGUCUGCAUGGUUAAGGAUCUAAGCAUUAACAUUAUUAAUGUUUAGGAGCUUGCGAAUUUAUGGUUAAUAUACUCUACAGUAAUUUAUGGGAGAAAUUUCGAGCUGGAAUCCGGGCCAGGGAAUCCCUGUUAACGAAUUAUGGCAUUAGUUGAAGAGGGCGGUUUGUGUGUUGUAUAAUUGAUUAGUCGGAUGAAGACCCUUUUUUUCUAGCUGAUCUAAUUUACGACUAGAGGAAAUUACCGAAGAGAUUUUGAGCUAAAAUACGGGCAGGAGAAUAUAUUUUUCGUUUAAAAAAACAAAAUGCCGAGCAUUUGAAUAACGGGGCGGUUUAUACGAUGCAUUACGAUUCUAAUAUGGCGAAUGAAUUGCGGGGAAGAAUUAUAUUUCUGAGAAUGUCAGGUAGCAUUAGAAUUUAACGAAGUGUUCCAUGAGUCCUCAGUCGUUGCUAAUGGAAGACAUCAAACCUUCAACGAGCUUAAAGCGCUUGAAUCCUGACGAGGAUGUCAUGGAAGCUCGGUUCAAAGGAUUCUGCCAGAGUGGGCUGUCUUUGGAGGAGGAAACAACAGAACAGGCACUUCGUUUGUUCAGAGAAACCAAGGAUGGUCUGCUGGCUAACAUGGAUACCCUUGCCAAUGGAAAUGUAUUAGGUAGUUUAGUUGGACCAGGAAGUGUUUCAAGGGAUGCUGUAAGUAUUUCUGGAGUCAAGAGAAAAUACGAUGAUAUGUCUUCACCUAUGAAGAUAAUAACAAGUCCAUUAUCUCCAUCAGGCUCUCCUUUGACAUCCCCUGUGAAAGAAAGCUCCACACCUUCUAAAAACAAGAUGCCCCGGCCUUCUACACCAGUGAGCGGAACAAUGACAACUGCAAAAUGGCUUCAAACUGUCAUUGCACCACUUCCUGCAAAACCUUCUUCAGAGCUUGAGCAGUUCCUUUCAUCACGUGAGAGGGAUAUAACAUUAGACGUGGGCCAUAGAGCACAAAUAAUAUUGGGAGCAAUUUUCCCUAGUAGUGCACCUAUGCACAGACAUCUUACUGGAAGCCUUCAAAGUGCUGCAUUGAUGGAUAGUAUAUUGGCAGAGCAAUGUAGGUUGGAAGCAUUAAAACUAUACUAUAGGGUUUUGUCUAUUAUGUGCAGAGCAGAAUCAGAGAGAUUGUGUAGCAGCAACUUGACAUCCCUGUUGACUAAUGAAAUAUUUCAUAGGUGCAUGCUUGCUUGCUCGGCAGAACUUGUUUUGGAAACUCACAAGACAGUUACAGUGAUGUUUCCUGCAGUUCUUGAAGCUGCAGGGAUUACUGCAUAUGAUUUUAGCAAGGUGAUAGAGAGUUUUGUAAGGCAUGAGGAAACUCUCCCAAGAGAUUUAAAGAGGCAUCUGAACUCUUUAGAGGAAAGAUUACUGGAAAGCAUGGCAUGGGAGAAAGGUUCCUCAAUUUACAAUUCGCUGGUUGUAGCAAAGCCUGGCCUUUUGGCAGUAAUAAAUCACUUAGGCCUUCUAGCAGAACCGAUGCUAUCUUUAGAUGCCAUUGCCUUGCAUCAUAAUCUUACUUCUGGAAGUCUUCAGCUCUCUACCAUUCCUUCUAAGAUUGAGGCUAUCUCAGAUAAUAAUAUUGCUGCUCCAACUUCAACUCAGUGCCAUGCUGCUUCUGCGAUGGUUUCAAUUGACACAGCAGUUGGAGUUUCAGGUGUAAAUAACAGCUUUGUCUCACCAGUGAAGGACCGAUCCUCAGAAGUUUUAGCCUUUUCUUCUACAAAAUCAAGAUUACAGCCUCCACUGCAAUCAGCUUUUGCAAGUCCCACACAACCAUGUUCUGCAGGAGGAGGCAAGACUUGUGCAGAGGCUGGAAUAAAUUUAUUCUUCCAGAAGGUUCUUAGGUUAGCUGCAAUUAGAAUCAAAGGCUUGUCUGAGAGAUUUAAUCAACCUAUUCAUUUCAUGGAACGAGUUUAUUGGCUUGUAAAAUAUGUUCUAUACCAAAAGACAAGUUUUCUUUUCAAUAGACACAUUGACCUAAUUAUCCUUUGUGGCUUCUAUGGAAUUUCAAAGGAUUCUGGUUUAGGGUUGGAGUUUCGAAAAAUUAUUGCUCAGUACAGGAAACAAUCUCAGUGUAAACCUCAAUCAUUCCGGAAUGCAUUCAAUGAUUGGUCCUUAACAAAAUAUCCUGAUAAAACAGGGCAAGACACCGUGGAAAUUAUUGCAUUUUAUAAUGAAAUAUUUGUGCAUACUGUGAGGCGCUUCUUGGCGCAGUAUUUUCCCAGUGCUGUUCCUGGAAAUCAUAAACCUGGCCUAGAGGAUACUGGUAAAAAUGAAGGUGCAUCUCUAGGAUUACUUGGACCAUCCCCAUUUCCUAGUCUUCCAGAUACGUCUCCUAAGAAAGUAUCUGCCACACAUAAUGUCUAUGUCUCACCACUGGGCACUUCCAAGAGGGAGAGACUUAGUUUAAGCCAUUCAAAUAGUUUGUAUGCAUUUGUUGGUGAAAGUACUCACGCAUAUCAAAGCCCUUCAAAAGAUUUGAUGGCUAUUAACAACCGCAUGAACAGUAGCCGCGUUAUUGGGAGACUUGACUUCGAUGAUCCACGUUUAGUGAGUGACGCUGAUGUUGCGGGAAUUUUGUCUACAGCGCAAAUGCAGGCAAAAGCCCUUUUCACAUAAAAAUUCUUUUAUAGUCCACCAUGAAGGCAGUCUGUAUAGGGGAAUGUCUAUUGGUGUAAAUAAAUAGCACUUGCAUCUAAAAGAGGUGCAAAGUUAUGUCCAUAGGAAAAUAUAUUAAGUUGAUCUGUUUAAGAGUAUAGUUUUAUUUAUGCCUAGAGAUACAAUAGUUUCAUUUACCAGUUUUUUUACGGUAAUAUUUACAAUAAAGUAUAUAAUUUUAUUUUA